AUGGAUGUUAAUACAUCAUCAUAUAUUACUGUACAAGCUGCAACACAAUUAUUUGCAUUGAUAUUAACUAUUUUAAGUUUAUUCAUUUUAUUAGCUACUUCUAUUCGAAUAGUAAUUCUUCCGAAUCAAAUCAUUUCAUCUGAUGCGGCACUCACCUUGAUCUGUACUAUGUCUAUUGUAUUGGUGUUUCAAUGGAGUCUUCGAAAAUUUGUAGAAGCUGAUAUAUUGAUGACAAGUGCUCAACGUAUUGAUGAGUAUGGACAUUUACCUCGAGAAGAGAAUGAAAGCGAUUGUAAGCAUCUUAUUAAAACUUCACCAGAUUGGCCUAGUGAGGGAAGAAUCGAAUUUCGAAAUUAUUCAUUACGGUAUCAAGCUAAUCUUCCAUAUGCUCUCAGAAACAUUGAUUUGCAUAUUGAAUCAGGCCAAAAGAUUGGUAUUAUUGGUCGAACUGGUGCUGGAAAAUCGUCUCUCUUCAAAGGACUCCUCCGAUUAAUUGAUCAAUCAAAUGUGAAUGGUCACAUUCUGGUAGAUGAUGUGAAUAUCCAUCGUCUUCGACUGAAUCAUCUUCGAUCAAAUCUGACUACUAUUCCUCAACAACCUGUGAUGUUCAGUGGAAGUCUACGAUAUAAUCUUGAUCCUUUCAAUUGUUAUUCAGAUGAACAAUGUUGGAAAGUACUCGAGGAUGUUCAACUCAAACAAUUUGUUCAAAAUCAUCCAGCAGGUCUUGAAAUGUCGAUUAGUGAAUGGGGCCACAAUUUGAGUGUGGGUCAGUGUCAAUUGAUCAAUUUUGCACGAGCUAUAUUGAAAAAUACGAAAAUCUUAUUGAUCGAUGAAGCAACAGCUAAUGUUGAUCAAAAAACAGAUAAUCUUAUUCAAACAUUGAUCAAGAACAAAUUUCAUGAUCGAACUAUUUUGAUUAUUGCUCAUCGAUUAAAUACAGUUGCCAAAUGUGAUCACAUUCUUGUAUUGGACAAUGGGAUGAUUGCCAACUAUGAUACAUCGACUAAUAUUUUGAACUCGUAUUAA